AUGUAAAGAUCAUUUCCUGCUUAAUCUUAACCUGUUUUAAAAAGAAAAAGUAAAAUAAGUGAGUUAGAAGAGGUUAUUUGAUUAUUUGAAACUAGAAUUUAUUUUCCAAGUUGGAUAAUCUCUUUGUUGAUUAACCAAAAUAAGAAUAAAUUUAAACAUUAUAACCAAAAGUUGAUUUAUUAGAAUAAGCAAAAUAAAGAAUUUAAUAAAAAAAAGAAAUAAAUCCAUCAUUUUUUGAAGAGGGAAGAAAGAAAUUGGAUGCUUAAAAAAAGAAAGAUACUUUUUUAAUUACAGCAGUUAAUUCUAUACCAUAAAAAUAAUAUAAAAAAUAGAGUCAUACACAAGAAUAUUAAAAAUAAGAAACAGAUUGUAAUAAUAUGCUUAAAGAUUUAAUUGCUUAAGAAGAAAGACCUUAUGAUGAUUUAGCUGAAUUAAGAAGGAUGAUUGCUUAAACAGAAUAAUGUAUGGUAGAAUAUGUUGAUGAUAUGUAUAAAAAAUAUUAUUAAUUAAUUAGGCAUAAAUUAAAUAAAAAUGUUGUAAAAUAUAAUAAUGAGGCAAGAAAAAUUGGAAUGGGAGUUGAUGAUAAAUUGUUUGAUUUUGUAGAUCAUAAAUGCAAUAAAUAUUUAAUCAAGUCUAAAACUACUACCGUUAUAAAAGAUAAGAAAUAUUGA